GCCAACGUUGGUUCUAGCCAUUUCGACCAUUUUAACGGAACAUAUCUAUGUUUGGAGCUAGCCAUGUUAGUUACGGUUUAUGUUCGUUGUCGUUUGGGAUAAACCGUUGGCGGUGUAGUGAGUGGAAGCUUCUGUGUACGGAAAGAUUGCACUAGUUCGUUUGGGGAAUGAAACUCUCCGACUGGUUUCAUUUUACGGUCGGUCUUUCGGGCUCCCUUGGGCCCCAGUUGCGCGUCAACGGUGCCAGAGGCCAGCGCUGCUACGUCGCCGUGAGGUAGGCUUCGCUGUCGCACACCGGAGCUCUCCCGCCUCCUCCGCUUUGCCGCUCUCUGAUCUCCGCAUCCUCUGCCGAGAACUUCCAAACAUGGGCACGGACGGAAAAGGUCCAAAUUGGGAAGUGUGCAUCACCGCGCCUUCCCCUCUUCCGUCGGUGAAGUGAGGGUUCCUUUGGGCUGCCGGACCACUGAAAUGAACCCAUGGCCAGCCAAACGUGGAGUCCCCUGCAUCCGAGCCCGGGGUUCCUGUUGAAGUGCGGCAAGGAACACGAAAAGCUCAAACUGAAAAUCAGAAGCGAGCUGCAAGCGCACAUGCUCAACCUGUUCGAAGAGGGCCUGUUCUCGGACGUGACCAUUGAGUCCCAGAGUGCCGAGGACGGGGCCGGGGCCGUCCUCAGGGCCCACAAGGCCGUCCUGCUGGUGAGGGUGCCGGCCUUUUGGAAGGAGCUCACCACAACCUACGCUGCGUCGAAGGAGGACCCCAAUGCCUUCGCGGUUGGCCUGCACGAGGGCUGUCUCAGGAGCUUCUUGAGGAGCGUCUACUCAGACGACGACAUCCGGCGACAAGAGCACGACAUUCUCCGCGCCCUCCGCUCCCGGAAUGCUCCUUCGAGCGGCGACGAGGACGGCGAAGACUCCCACAGCACGACGCAUGAUGCCGGGGACGAGCACCCGCACGAGGAGCCCCCACCCGAAGCGACUGAGGUCGCAAACUUCUCCGUGUCGCUCGAGCAGCGCGGAGCCGAAGAUUCCCUCGAAAACUUCCGCUCCUGCUUCGUCGAUGACGACGUGUGUCAGAAGGAACCAGGCGCGGCUCACGGCGAUGAGGAACCGACAGACAGCCUCCACGAAGGAUGCAGAGACGAUGCAUCCGAGAACAGAGACGAGCUCUCGGUGAGCAUGAGCAGCAGCAUGGUCCGCAGCGGAACGUUCGACCUGCAGAGUCAGAUGCCGCUCGAGAUGGCGCUCGAGAAGCUGACUGCGGACAACGAGGCAGACGGCAGCGAAACUGCGCCGAGAACGGAGGCGGAAGGAGCCGAGGAGCGGGAGGUACCCGGCGAUAGCAGAGACUCCACUGGGAUUCGACCGUCCGAUGGCUCGGCUAAAGGGCACCCGGCAACGAUGCCCGCCUUCUUCCUGCACGAGAAGUCGACGGCUGCGAUGGCGGUUUCUUACCAGUGCGCCCCCAGGACACCCGAACGGGGCACGAGCCAGCUGUGGGGACGGGAAGCAGGCGUUGUUGGGAUGGGGGACUCGGGGUUUCUCUCUCAGAACACUUCCGUGAACGAGUGCGUGGCAUAUGACAGCCUCAACGAUCCGGGAGGGCCAACCGAAGUCCAAGAGGCAGAGAGCGAGCCAGAAGACUUGGACGCGCAGGGAAGACGGCCCUCAGGAGCGCUCUUCCCCUUUUACAUUGACAUGAGCAAGGCGAGAGCGGAGGAAAUGCAACGGGAGCAACCGUCGUCAAGCUCGGCCACGUCGUCCGUCUACAUGUACAUCGACGCCAAGAGCGGCGAGGACGCACCGGGCGAGGAAAAGCCGGCCUUCAAGGAGAAGUCCGUCGAGGACGCUUCGAAGCGGCCCCAGUCGUGCUACAUGUACGUCGACUUCAACUCCGUGCACAGGGAGGAACCAUGCAGCGAGCCCACGCAGUCUCCUCGAAUGCCAAGGACUCUCUCCCUCUCCAUGUUCAUCGACAUCAACGACGAGCACAGCGAGAGCGUCACGAAUGCGCAGGAAGCCUACCGCAACUACAGGCAAGAACCGGGGCAGAAGAAGGACGUCGCGGACAUACAAGGCGGUCUCGUCGGACGACGCCUGCGCCAGUGGGAACAUUUCGAGCGGGAGGAAAUCCUAGUCGUGUCGGAAGAGUUUCCGGUGCGACGGGAAACUCCCAACACGGUUGCGCCUGCGAACGACGACCGCUUUGUCGGCGCGUCGCCUAAGAGGCUCCCCGAACACGUCGCGAGGCAGCAGGGUGCGGCUCCCGACGUCUGUCUGCUCCCGAUGAGCCCCAUCCUUAGACGGAAGACGAAACCGGAGCUGGUCAAACCCAUCGCGAAGCCGGCCGCCAUCAAGUCUUCCACCCGGCCGCAGGACAUCGACGCCAUGACCUUCCGCAGGAGCGAACCGUCCGGGCAUGACAGCGACUCUCUCGAGCACGACAGCGACAAGGAGGUGGACGCGCCUAAGACGCCAGAGGCCAAGAAGUCGCCUUCCACGCCGGCGCAACGGCAUUCAGACGAACCGAGGCUACAACCGCCCAAGCCUCUCAAGUUACCUGAUUGUCCGGUGCCUUCGGCGGAAGUGAUCCACCAGCCGCCUCCUCCGUCUCCCGGGUACGGAGACGACGAUUCGGAGACGGUGUACUCGGAGGUUUCGGAUGUGAGCUGCCUGUCAAGUCUGGACCGGAGGAUGCAAGAAUCCGGCUCCAGCCCCGAGCGUCUGGGGGCAUGCUCCAAGCUGGGGGAUGACCUGCUUCGAAUGUUUGUGGGGCAGGUGGAGACCGACAUUUUUGUUCGAGUGGAAGGGAAGGACAUUGGUGCACACAGGUUUAUUCUAGCAUCACGGUCCGAGUACUUCUCUUCCUUGCUCAAAGACCAAGACGCCGAGAGUGUCAUUUUCAUGGACGGCUUCACUCAUGCUGCUGUGCUGUUCUCGCUGCACCACCUGUACGGCGGUGCAGCACUGCCCCCCAAGGAGGUGCAUGUCUCGGAGCUAGCCCUGCUCGCGGAGAUGCUCGGCCUGGAUGGCCUCCGCCGGGUCGUCCUGUCCCACAUCCGCACCUACUACUGCCACUUCUUCCACAAACCCUGCAGCCAGUGCAUUUCCGGGGUGGCAGAGUGCCUGCAAAUGGCGCCGUGUGGCGGCAUUCGGGACCUGCAGAAACGGUCGAUCCAGUGGGUGGGCCGCUACUACUGCCGGGUCUGGCCACACCGGGCCUUUGCGUCUGUGCCUGAGCCUCAGCAGCAGCUCUGCUACGAGGCCACACUUCAGGCCCUGACGGCGGAUACAGCCAUCGAGAUGGCCCUGAACUGCGAGCGCCUGUCGGUGACGCUUCCCCGCGUCCGCUGGGCAGAAGGUGCCCUGCUGCUGGUGGGGCGUCUGGUGCAGGACUGUGUGUCGCUCAUGGCCAAAGAGUUCCACCUGGUGCUGCAGAGCAAGGGCUUCAUGGACCUCGGCAAGGUGAGGAGGCCACUCCGCAGCCUGCAUCUACACUGCGUGAUGUGUUAG